AUGUUUGUGGCAGAGAUAACAUCAAACAUUGUGAAGCUAAAUCUUACUAGUGAAGAGGUAACAAAGUCUAUAACGAGUAUUGUGAACAAUAUAGCUCAGGUAGAAACAGAAGAACUUGAAGCCGCACAGGACGAAGGUGGGGCAAUAAGUAAGUUUGUCCAGGCUUUUGAGGAACAAAUCAGUCAUGUUCAGGUUGCCGAUGGUGGGAUGCUCAACAUUCAGCAGCCAAAUGUAGCCGUACAGGUUCAGAGUGUACUUGCUGACGACGUAAUGAGCGGUCUCGUGAUUUCGCUAGCUGUAUACAGUCUUUCAGACCUGACCAAGUCCAAUAUUACCAUCAGUCCUCCGAUUCCAGAUGACCAAGAUGCUAACAUACCAGACACCAUCGCUCAGGUCAACAUUCCACCUUCAGUUUCAUCCAUCAUUCCGUCGAAUGGCAGUGGUGACCACAUCCGGGUCAACUUCAAUGUAUUUUCAAGUCCAGCCCUGUUCAUUUCUAAAUCAUUGCGCACAAUCAGUGCAGAUAAUGAAGGCUUCAAUCGAUCGGCGAACUCGCACGUGAUUUCUCUCAGUAUCGGUCAAGGGAAAGUAGCAGCCUUGAACGAAUUCAUCAAUUUUACCUUCACUACAAUAAUGUCUGGCUACACGAAUCCCAAUUGUUCAUUCUGGGAUGAGGAGCAGAAAGAUUGGUCCCAAGAUGGGUGUGUUCUUGUUUCUGGAAUCACAUCUUCUGAUGAGCGUUAUGAUGAGGAGAGAGUGCGCUGGGCGUGUGAUCAUCUUACCAACUUCGCUGUUAUAAUGGAUAUCCAUAGACCGGAGAAUUCACCAAUCGAGGCUUACAACAUCCUGACUUACAUUGGCUGCUGUAUUUCUAUUUUCAGUCUUCUUGUGACAUUGGCAACCUACUUGUGGAACAAGGAUUUAAGGACCAAACAGACUAACCAGAUCUUCAUCUAUCUGUGCCUGACCUUGCUGUGUCUCUACACGACAUUUGUCAUCAUGAUCUCACUGGAUUCUAUCAGAGAUUAUCGUGAGGUCCAAGCUGGACCCUGUGGGUUCCUGACGGCCCUAGUUCACUACUUCGUUUUGUCCUCCAUUGCAUGGAUGGGUGUAGAGGGGUACAAUAUCUACCUCAUCAUUGUGAAGAUCUUUAACACCUACAUCCAGAAUUUCAUGUUCAAGGCUUUCUUAGCUGCAUGGGGAAUUCCUGCACUAAUCGUGGUUCUUACCGGAGCUAUUGCUAGAGGAUCUUACGCCCGAGAUGAUCUAUGCUUUCUACAAUUCUGGGCUCAAAUCGGUGGUCUCCUGAUUCCCAUGUCCAUCAUCCUCCUCAUCAACAUUGUCAUCUUCAUCCUGGUGGUUCGACAAUUGCUCCGGUCAGCCAACUUCACUGGCCGGGUGAAAAGAGAGGCUAAGGCAGAACGUCAAGAGACUAUCGAACGCGUCCAGAACGCGAUCUGCAUCUUGCUUCUGCUCGGUCUGACCUGGAUCACCGGAUAUCUUCUUUUGAUCCCGUCAUUCAGUCAGGUGGCCCAGCCAAUCUUCAUCGUCCUCAACUCCUUCCAGGGAUUGUUCAUCUUUCUACUCUACUGCGCCCGGAAGCCUCAUAUCCGUAAGAAAUGGGGGAUAACUUGUUUCGACAAGUUCCUAAAGAAAGAAGCAAGCACUUCCAGCGGUGGGGUAAGCUCGACGGUGCCAUCCUCGUCACCUGGCAUAUUGCGCCCAGGAGCCACGGGUAAUUUCGUGUUGGCUACCGAAGACGACAAUCCCGAUCCUAUGUGUACAUGUAUGUUCAAUCCGACCUUUGAUGUUAGCCAGGUUGAGGAAGGGGUCACACCACCUAUGCACAAAGAUAUUUAAAGUUCAACCAAGGAACAGAAGAAGGACACGGAUCGUGAUCCAACAAGCACUGAUGUCGUGACGGUCAGUCUUCUUCUUGAUGCAUCUGUCACAAAUGUCACUAAGAGAGAUGAUGAUGUUUUCUCCACCACGGAUGCUGACACGGUCAGUUUUACUCUGGAUUCAACUAAUGCCAUGAAAGCUACUGAGGCCACCGGUGAUGUUGCUUCCACCAACAAUGAUGCUGCCACCAGUAUCCCUUAGGGUGCAGAGGAUGACACCAUACACAAUGAGAGGAGUGAUGAUGUUGCUUCUGUAACUAGCGAUGCUGCCGUCAAUCUUCCAAUGGAUUCAACGGUUGACAUCAGAAGAAAUUAGAGCAGUGACAUAGAUUCAGUGGCACCACCGAUUUUUGAAAGGCCAAAGGCACAGUUGAGGUUUUGACUUUAGCGAUGUCUUCAUUCUUACCUGAUUACAAAAAAUGUAAAGGGUGUUUUAUUCAUUUAUUUAAAGCAAGAAUAAGGUCUUAUUAAGAGAACAUGAUUGUACAUUUGCAUA